AUGACAUCUACAUCUACUCCUGGCAGCAAUACCCUGCCAGUAGAUCUAUCCAAAUAUCCCAAACUAUCCCACGAACAAGCCGGCCACCUCCGCCACUUCUACAACCUCAGCGCAGCCAUCGAUGGAGACUGGCCACACAUGGGCUCACAAGAGCCCGCGCAGGAAUUCCUCGACGCAUACCGGUACCAACUCGCCACAAUGGCCUAUGCAGCUGGAGUCACCCACUACCACCGCAUGCCGGCGAUGCGCGGACUCUUCAAACCGCUGAUCCGUCGGCUAAUUCACAAAAUGCUCCGCCGUGAGGUUUGGGGAUACUGGUAUCUUACCUCGCAGUCUGGGAUCCGUCUUGAUCCUGAUCUGAAGGAGUUGAGGAAACCCUGGGCGGAUCCGGUCGUCAGGGAGAAUAUCAUGUAUAGUGGCCAUCUGUUGUUGAUGACGAGUCUAUACGGUAUGUUGUUCGACGAUGAUGAGUUUGAGAAACCCGGUAGUUUGGUCUUUCGCUGGGACCCGCUGUUUUGGGGGAUGGGAUCUGAGGAGUUUUCCUAUGAUAAUCGAAGCUUGCAGGGAGCUAUCAUUGCGGAGAUGGAACGGAAUAACUGGGUGGGAGUGUGUUGUGAGCCGAAUUUGGUCUUUGUUGCUUGUAAUCAGUUUCCGAUUAUUGCGAUGCGAUACAAUGAUGUCCGAGACGGUACUAAUGUGGUAGAGGACAUUCUUGGGAAAUAUACGGCUGCAUUAGAGAAACACAACAUGAUCUCCCGCAACGAUCUAUACAAAGACUGGGUGAGCGUUAAACAAGGCCACGCAGCUAUUCCAAAGAAUAUCGGAUUCACCGCAUGGGCGGCCGCCUUCAUGAAUACCUGGAACUCCGAAUUCGUCAAGUCCGGCUUCACCAAUCACGCAGUAGGCUUCAUCACAAACAUCGACGGCGAAAUCGAACUCCAACACCCCAUGAUAGCAGGCGCAUACCGGGCAAUCACCACACAAUCCCCCAAUCAAUCUAAAUCCCAAUCUCAAAUCCUCCACCAAGCACGCGAAUACUACACCCAAAACAAACCCACCACCCACUUCCCCUACAAAGAGCCCACAUUCGGCUACGUCGCAAAAUGGCUUUCCGAACUAGGCAAAACGACAGAGCUAUCCGGACUCCUCGCCUACGCGGAUAACCACCUCCACCCGACUUGGGAAAACGGGGGCCUUUAUUACCCUCGCAACGACGCGGCGACGGAUCACCAAGGACGCUGGACUCAUAUGGAUCCAUUCUCUGGGAAUGCGGCGAUUGGGUAUGCGAGGUUGAAUGUGGAGAAUGGGCAGAAGAAGAUGUGGGAUUCGCCGUGGACGAGGGAGGUUCUUGGGGAGAGGCCUUGGGUGGAUGGGAUUGAGUACUCGAUGGGUGUUGAUGCUUUGAGGGGGGUUUGGGAUGAUGAGGUCGACGCUAUGGUUGUUACGCUGAGGGAGUGGGCUGGUAGAGGUGUUGGGGUGGAUUUUAAGGUUAAGAAUCUUUCCUUUGGGCGAUGGGCUGUUUAUCAACGUCAUGGAGGAACUGUGACUCGUGAUGUUGUUGAAGGACGUGAGGUCCAGGUGAAGGCGAAGGCCGACGCAAGUGAAGAAGUUGACGUUGUGGUUAUCAAGGCCAACUAG